GGAAAGCUGCGGCUGGUGGGCUUUCCCAGUUAGACUUGACAAACCUGUAUGUCAUAAGGCCUGAAAGCACCCGAGGCGAGUACCAUCUGGCUUAGCUGUAUGUUGGGCCUUAUGGGAAGGUGAGGGAGCUGAGACCGACUGAUCAUGUUCUGGAUCCUCCUCCUGGGUACUUCGGGGUUUAUCCGAUGGGGUUCUCGCAAGGACUACGGUUUCCGUUGCCCCCUUUUGUGAUUGAGUACCUGAAUAUGGUAGAUCUUCCUCCGGCGCUCUUGACGCCGAAUAGUUUCUCGCUGAUCGUCGGGUUCCUCAUCCGGUGCGAUGAGCUCGGCUUUGAGCCCACGACGGCUCUUUUUACCAAUUUGUUCCGGAUCGGCCGAGGGAGCCAUAAGAAUUGUGCUGGUUACGCUACGCUUCAGCAACUCUCGGAGAAGAAAUCUUUUAAAGACCUUCCUUCGUCUAUCCAUGGGUGGAAGGCGAAGUUUGUGUUCGUGAAGUUGGCCGAUGGGGUUUUCUUUCCUUCGCAAGGGCAUAAUGGUAAGUUUAGCCUGCAUAAUCCGCCGCGAAGCGCUGAGCUCGAUGCCCAAGUUGAGGCAUUCCUGAAAGGUGGGCCGAGGAGUGUGAACACGUACAUCACUGAGUUUAAGAUUGCAGCUCUCGGGAUGAUGCAGUAUUACAUUCCUGGCGACCCGGAUUGCGGUUUGUGGCCGAGGAUCUCUGGCUCUUUUGAACAGGCCGAUGGGCCACUUAUUGGGAUUCCGGCCGAGGCCGAAGGUUACGAGAUGAGUCGCAAAAUGUUCAUGGCCCAGGCCAAGAAGCAUGUUGCUAAGGAGUUGGAGGCUGCCCAGCGAGCCGAGGCGUCCAAGGGUUCUGGCGACGGCUCUAAGAGUCUUGCUGAUGCGGCAAAAAAGCCGGUGGUGAAGAGGAAGAAAGCCGCUGAGGGCCAGCGUACUCUCACCGAGACGGGUCUGGUGCCGUCUCAAGGUGCUAAGAAGACGAAGUCGAACCCUCCCCUCAAUGAUGCUGCUAUGGCCGAUGCGCAGGCAUCGGUUCAAGGGGGAGCUGCCUCCGAUGUAGAAGUCAUCGAGGAUCUGACAUUGAAUGUCACCUCGUCCACUUUAGUUCCUGACAAAUCCGGUGCUGCUGCUAAAGAGAGGGCCCGCGCCAGUCGAGACCUGACCUCCGGUCUUUAUGAGGUGACGGUGCGGUACCCGCCGAAGGGCGGUUUGUUCAAUGAGAAGGUUUCUGGGCACGACGUCCUGUUCCAGGCCAUUCCUGAUGCUGACAGGGAGUACCUGCGUCGGCAGAGCAAGGAUGUGCGCCUCUUUGAUGGCGGGUAGGACUUCGUCGUCCAAGGUGCCUUCAUGCUGAUGGAGCAGCAGCGUCGGCAGGUCGAGGAGCUUGCUCGCCUUCGGGAGGCUGAGAAGAAAGCCGCUUCUGCUGACGAGGCGCUUUCCCAGUUGGAGCGGCUUCGAACUGAGACCGACUCCCUGAAGGACAAGUCUGAUGCGGCUGAAAGGAGAGCCGUUGCUGCUGAGGACGAGGCGAGGCGCCUCAAAGUUCAGCUGGACGAGGAAGCGGCUGCCCGUCGGCUGGCAGAGGAAAAGGCUGCACAGCUAGAGGCCGAUGUGACUGUGGCUGCCGAUAAAGCCAUUGAGCUCUUCAUGGCUGAAGGGUGGAAAGACGAGGCCCGACGCGAUUGGAGUUAUAACGUCGUAGCGGAGCGCUUUGAGGCGUGGUCGCAAGAGGAAGCCGGUCGAGCUUGCCUCAAACAGAAGUUUGAAGUCUGGUACGACCUCGGCCAGAGGCGUAUGCAGAUGUUGGUUUACCGCCGCCUCCGCCGCCGUGUAAAAAACUUGAAGCCCAGGGGUAUCGGCCUUCCUCGGCUAAUGAAGGACCCUGAGGAGGAGUUGAAACUCCCACUGUCCGAAAGGCAACCCCCCAUUCUGAGCUCAGACGAGGAGGACGGGCCCUGGACCGAGAGCGACGACUACCUCUUCCGGAGCUCGGCCAAGUCUAAGAAUACCGAUGAUGAGCAGGA